UCCAGCGCGAGCGGGAGGGUCUCGUGGGCCCUCCCGUGGGGGUGGUACCGGGUGGCCGUGAGUGCACGUUCGUGUGCUGGACAGUGUCGUGGUAACUCCAAGGCACGCCAGGCGGGGUGCCCAACGUGUUCGGGGGGCGAGUGGCGUGGCCCUGCUCCAGCGCCGGGACGUUGGAGGGGGUGUCACUUCCGGCGGGAGGGGCGGGCCUCCUAGAUACCGGAAGUGUGGGCGCGGCUGUGGUUUAACCGGCGUCGGCGGCAGCGGCGGCGGACCGGCAGAUCUGGCAGACUGCCCUGAAUGUGAGCCCUUCCCGGCAUCCCUUGCACGGCCUUCUACCAGGAGAUUCUGCGGGCCCCCCCAGCUGUCUGGGAGAGAUGGAGACUCUGAAAGACAAGACCCUGCAGGAGCUGGAGGAGAUGCAGAAUGACCCAGAGGCGAUUGACCGGCUGGCGCUGGAGUCCCCUGAGGUCCAGGACCUGCAGCUAGAGCGGGAGAUGGCACUGGCUACAAACCGGAGCCUGGCUGAGCAGAACCUGGAGUUCCAGAGUCCUCUGGAGAUCAGCCGCUCAAACCUCUCGGACAAAUACCAGGAGCUCCGGAAGCUUGUGGAGCGGUGCCAGGAGCAGAAGGCAAAGCUGGAGAAAUUUUCUUCAGCCUUGCAGCCAGGGACCUUGUUGGACCUUCUGCAGAUCGAAGGCAUGAAGGUUGAAGAAGAGUCUGAGGCCAUGGCUGAGAAGUUCCUGGAGGGCGAGGUGCCCUUGGAAACGUUUCUGGAGAACUUUUCCUCCAUGAGGAUGCUGUCCCACCUGCGCCGGGUGCGCGUGGAGAAACUCCAAGAUUUGGUGAGGAAGCCCAGAGCUUCCCAGGAGCUGGCCGGCAGUGCCCCUCCAUCCCGCCCACCACCCCCGCCUCGCCCAGCCUCCCAGGCGACACCCCCUAUGGCCGAAGAGCCACCACUGCCAUCAGUCACCCCUCCCUACCCUUUGCCCUACAGCCCAUCUCCUGGCCUGCCUGUGGGUCCCACCGCCCAAGGAGCUCUGCCACCGGCCCCUUUCCCUGUGGUGUCCCAGCCCUCUGUCUCCUACGGUGGGCCUUUGGGUCCUGCUUACCCUUCAGCCCAGCCAGGACCAAGGGCUGCUGCGGGCUUCUCCUGGUCCCCACAGCGGAGCAUGCCUCCCCGGCCAGGCUAUUCCGUGGCCCAAACUGGUGCCUCUGGCCCCGGGUACCCCUUGGCAGGGGGCCAGACCCCCAGUCCUGGUUAUCCUCAACAGUCCCCCUACCUCCCAGCAGGAAGAAGACCUCCCUACCCAAUGCAGCUCCAGCUCCCAAGCUUCCCAGCACAGCCCCAGCCCUCAGUUCCCUUGCAGCCCCCGUAUCCCCCAGGGCCCGCUCCUCCCUAUGGCUUUCCACCACCUCAGGGGCCUGUCUGGCCUGGGUAUUAGACACAGACAAGCUCCUGGCCCUCGGCCCCACCCUACCUCCACCCAUACCACGACCUUUGGCCCACCCAUCGCUGAGAUUCGAGGUUAAAUUGGAAGUGGAGUUGGUGCUUCCUGUGGACUUGCGUGGGUACAUGGCGGCUUUAGGGUGACCUGGCUGGGAGUGUGCAAGCCCCCGAAAGGCACUGGGCAGUGUGACCAGGUUGGCCAUGGCAGACGGUCACAGCACUUGUUGGCCUUCUGGAUGGAGUUCCUCCUGGGAGCUCCUCCUUUCAGUGAGUGGCUUUAGCUUUUCUGGUGCUAGCCAGUCUGGGAGUCUAGUACCUCUCAUGGGUGCCUGUGAGCAUGAGCGCAUGCACAGGUAUGCAGGCAGUCUGCUUGUGCCUGCACUCAGGGACAGCAGAACCUGGUACAGAGUUAUCUCGGUGAGGAGGUGGCCCCUGGUCUCAGGACCCUGCUCACGCCCUCCUGCUCCCCUGGGAUUUGGCAUGUUCGAUGUGGAGCCUCGUGCCAAGGGAUGCAGCUCUUUGUGUCUGUUUAGUCCAUUUGAGGAUGGUCUGCCUCAUGUACCAUGGCUAGGGUUGGAAUGGAGGGAGAGAACAGAGGUAGGAAAAAUGAUGAUUUUUAAGUCCUAUAAAGCCAUAAUUUAACUCAAAUAAGCUGAUCUCAGACAAGCUUGUCCUGUGUGCUAGUUUAAACGACAGCAGCACCAGCACAGUGACAAGGCUAGGGAGUGUGAAGGUCAAUCCCAGACCUUGCUUUACACUGGUUGGAGAAUCUGGGUUCCCUGGCUGGAGGGAAGGGAGCAGCUGUAGCCCAAGAGACUAUGGCCACAAUGGGGCUCUUUUAGGAGUGGAUGGUCGGGUCACCCCCCUAGCCACUCUCUUCUCUGGGACCCUCCACUUCUGGUUGACUUUUCUGAGGUCCAGCCAUCCGUCCACUCCUUUAGUGCCUUGAAUCUCAUUCGAAAGCAGCCCCCUGCCCAUUUCCUCCCUCUCUGGCUACCUUGAUGUAAUUCUCCCCCGCCCGCAAUAUCUCUCCUAAGACAGACAUCAAAAGAUGCCCUAACAGUCACUUCCCAAAUGGUGCUUUCUAAAACACCAUCACUAUACUGGGGUCAGUUUCUCUGCACCUCUCUCAUCUUCAGAAUGUAAAGGGCAGAGGUUGUGACUCUGUGUCCCAUGCAGCCCCAGCACAUUAUGGGGUUUUAGGCAUGUUUGGCAAUAAAAACUACACUAGACCAAAGGGGGUGUGAGGAAUGAAGCAUUAACUUGGUUGUUCCAGUUGUGAACCAGGUCGCAGGGCAGACCCUGGAGCUGCUAUCGGUUAGGAAGUAUGUGCCUUGAAAUGUCCACUACCCAAGUACCCAGCAUCUGGUGGGCCUGGGGGUGCUGGGGGCCAAGGAAGAAACUUGACCUUCUGGUGCUGCCCCCUCCCCAGCCCGCGUGCCAUCACUAGGUGUGCGUGAUGCUAGAUUAGUGCUGCUGGUUCCUUACCAAUUGUGCUUGCUUCUUGUAAGUUAUUUAUAAAGAGAAAUCACUAAUGGACUCUACUGGUUCCAGUGCUUGUGCACUGGAUGAAUGAUCACCUGUAUGUUUGUAUAAUUAAUUGCCAUAAUAAACUUUGA